GGUCAUGUCAUGAAUAAUCGCCAUGGUGAUAUUGUCUUGUGUACGCUUAGGAGGACUCCUCCUUUCACAUGGAGGCUGCUGUGCUGGUGCUUUGUUUUCCUUUUGCGUCAGGGCUGAGUGAGAUAGCCACUAAAUAAUCCCCUCACCAUGAAGAAGCACCACAGCCCUUGUUCAGUGGGCCGUAGGCCUGCCUCUGCAGGCCCUCCUUCAACCUCUCCCUCAGGCCGAUCAAGCUCAGCAAGCCCAUCAGACAAAUACAAGGAUUAUGCUGCUGUCGUAAUAGACACAGGCACCGGGUACACAAAAAGUGGCCUUGCCGGAGAUGAGAAGCCGAGGUCCUUUCUGCCAACUCUGGUGGGAGUGCCCCGAUACAGGACAAAGGAAAGCCCAUUGUAUUACAUUGGGAAGAACAUCCCCCAACAGCGUUCAGAGGUGAGCACCCGUGUGGUAAUGACUCACGGUGUGGUGACAGACUGGGAUGCCCUCGAGAUGCUUUGGCACCAUGUCUUCUACACAGAGCUCACUGUGUGUCCUGAAGAACUACCUGUCCUGGUCACCGAUGCCCCCCUGAGCCCAACCACCAACCGUGAGAAAAUGGCAGAGCUGCUCUUUGAGAACUUUGAGGUGCCCGCCAUGUUUGUGGUCCACCAGUCCCUCUUGUCUGUGUAUUCCUACGGGCGCAUAGGCGGGCUGGUGAUUGGCUCCGGCCAUGGGACUUCCUACACAGCUCCUGUUCACAAUGGUUAUGUCAUGCCUGAUGCUACCUACCGACUGGACAUUGCAGGCAGUGCCCUGACUGAAUUCCUGGCCAAGCUGAUGGGGGAAUCUGGGAACCCUUUUCUCAAGGAGGAAAUGGAGGAGGUGUGUCAAAUCAAGGAGAAACAUGGCUACGUUGCUGAGGAAUAUGAGUCUGAGCUGAAUGCAGACGAGAAGAAAUAUCUCAUAGAGUACACCCUUCCUGACCGCCAAGUCAUCUCCAUUGGCAGCGAACGCUUCCGCUGCCCAGAGGUCCUUUUCAAUCCUACCAUGCUGGGCUUCCCAGAGGUAGGGCUUCAUGUCCAAGCCAUUAACAGUGUCAGAAAAUGUAAGCCGGAGUGGCAAGAAGAACUGCUUUCCAAUGUGCUGCUGGCUGGUGGCUCAACCAUGCUUCGCGGCUUCUCUGAGAGGAUUAAGAAGGAGUUGCAAAAAAUUGAGCCAGCAAGCAAGGUGGGCAUCCUGGCUUCUCCCACCCGCAUCUUCUCAGCCUGGUUGGGAGGCUCCAUUGUGGCUUCGCUCAACUCUUUCCAAAAUAUAUGGAUUAACCGGCAGGAAUACAAUGAAAAGGGGUCUUUUGUUGUCCACCGGCAUCGCUUCUGAAUCAGCCCUGAUUGUACACACCAAGGUGGUAUGUACAUAUAGUACAUGUAAUGUAUUAAAAAGGUGAUCGUG